AAAAUGGAAACAAAGUUAAUCAAAGCAUCUCAAAGAAAAAACUAUCAAGCGAAGAAAGGAGUAUGUAUUAAAUUAUUACAAGUUGAUACUGCAAGGAACAUGGUUUACAAAAUAUCUAAAAUUAAAUGUAUCUCGAUCUCUUGUCAUCGGCUUAUUUUUUCCAUAUCUAAUUUACAUUUAAUGGUUGAAUUUCUUAAAACUUUUUAUUUCAAUUAAUGAAGUAUCAAAUAAAUAAAUAUUUUACAAACCUGACGAAACUCAAAAAAAAAAAUGGUCAGAAGAGAGACAUGUUCACAUCCAAGACAAGAAGAAGAAGAAGUCAUCUCUUUCUUCUUCAUAUAGCUUCUCCGCAACUUCCAUACCAAAAUCUUUAAAACCCUAAAACUAUUUCUUGUAGGUCAAGUCUUUGUUCCUCAACAUCAUUUCUUAUUCUCCCAAGACAUAAUCUCUUUCAAAGAUUCCUCCUCUCUAUCUUUCUCACAUUCUUGAAUCAUGAGAGGUCUCGUGGCUUGUUACAGCGAAAACGCCAUUAACGUAUCAGAUGCGUACUGUUCAGGUCCUUCAAAUCAUUCCUACAUCUCUCCGACAUUACACCCCGACACAGUAACUACCACUUAUAAAACCAAUCUCCCUUCUUCCGACAAACCCGUCUCUGUUUCGCUCACCUGGUCGGAUAAUCUCACCGUCGUGAUCUCCACGCAAACUAAGUCUUACUCUGUCUCCCUCAAGAAACCAAAAGGGUCAAGAAACUCGACUUCUUCCUCGGGAUCACUCAACGCUGAGAUCCUCUGGGAUCUAACGGAGGCAGAGUACGAUAACAACGGACCGGAACCAACAAGAAGAUUCUCCGUCACCGUCGUGGUUAACUCCGAGAUCAUUCUUAGAGUCGGCGACGUGCGAGACACGUCUUCCUGGCGGGUCUCUCGAACGGAGAGAUUCUCUGGAACUUGCUGGCUCUCCACGAAGGCUCGGUUCUCAGACGCUGGAGCUAAACACGAGAUUCAGAUCCAAUGCGGCGGAGGAGGAGGUGGUGGUGGAGGAGAAGGAGGGUAUUUAUGGAAAUUGAAAAGUCCUGAAACGAUGUCGGUUUGGGUGGAUAAGAAGAAAGUGUUUGAGGUGAAGAAGCUGAAAUGGAAUUUUAGAGGGAACCAAACGAUGUUCUUCGAUGGGAUGCUUAUUGACAUGAUGUGGGACUUACACGACUGGUUCUUCAGAGAAACGGCAUCGUUAUCUUCCACUUCAUCAUCUUCUUCUUCCUCAUCGUCUUCUCCUCCAUGUGCUGUGUUUAUGUUCAGGAGGAGGAGUGGAUUGGAUAGUAGAUUGUGGCUCGAGGAAGACGAAGAAGAGAACAAGAAGAUUGGAGUAAGAGAAGCCAAAUCGUUCUCUCUUGUCAUUUGUGUCUCUAAAAAGUAAAAAGUUAACCCGAAAAAACUUUCUUAUUACUGAUGCACUUACUUUAACAUUUUUGUUUCCCAUGCAUGCUUUAACUUUGACAUAACUCUUUGUUCUGAUUUAAUUUUUUUCAUGAUAUUUGAAGUAGAUCAUCACUCA